AUGAAAAACUGAACUUUUUUUUUGAGGGAAAAAAAACUGAACUUGGAGGUAGAGGUGAUCCAAACCAUAAGACAGAAUCAACGGCUGAGAUGAAUGGCUCAAGUUUCCCUUGGUAAAUUCAGAGACGGUAAACCAAGUCAAGUGAGACUGACAAGAGCAAAGUAGCCCCAAACCGAUCCCCAUCUCCUCCCCUCGCAUCCACCAACAAAACACACAUGGCCGACGCCGCCGCGGCCACCGUCCCCGGCGAGGCCUCCUCCUCCUCCUCCGCCGCCGCCACCACCACCGUGCUCGAUUCCCUCGGGGAGGACAUCACCCGCAUCGUCACCCCCGUCUCCACCUGCAUGCUCCUCGUCGUCCUCCUCGUCUCCCUCCUCUCCUCCCCCUCCUCCCCUUCCCCCUUCACCGCCGCCUUCUCCGCCGCCGCCGGCCCAGGCGGAGGAGGAGACGACAUCACCACCGCCCUCAUCACCGCCGUGACCUUCGUCGUGGCCGUCACGGCCGCCACCUUCCUCCUCGCGUUCCUCUUCUACCUCCGCUGCACGCCCUGCCUCCGCGCCUACCUCGGCUUCUCCUCGCUCUCCGUCCUCCUCCUCCUCGGCGGCCACGUCGCCCUCCUCCUCCUCUCCCGCCUCCGCCUCCCGCUCGACGCCGCCUCCUUCGCGCUGCUCCUCCCCAACGCCGCCGCCGCGCUGGCGCUCGCCGCGCUCUCCCCGGCCUCCGUCCCCAUCGCGCUCCACCAGGCCGCGCUCGUCGCCAUCGCCGUCCUCACCGCCUUCUGGUUCACGCUGCUCCCGGAGUGGACCACCUGGGCGCUGCUCGUCGCCAUGGCGGUCUACGACCUCGCCGCCGUGCUGCUGCCCGGUGGCCCUCUCAGACUGCUCCUUGAGUUGGCCAUAGAGAGGAACGAGGAGAUCCCGGCGUUGGUCUACGAGGCAAGGCCGGUGGAUCCCCGCCAUGGCCACAAUUGGCGGCUGUGGAGGGAGAGGACGCAAUCUGGUGCAGAGUUGGAUGCCAAUUCCACAGUUGAGGUGCUUGGUGAGGUGUUGGGGACAAAUCUUGGUGCCAGUUCAGCUGGCAAUUUGGGGGUUUCCGCAAUCCGAUCCGAUGAACGGGUUGGCUUGGCUGGUGAUGCAAGAAACUUGAGGCUUGGAACAUCGAUGCCGAAUUUGAGCUCUGAUUCUGCUAGUGCACAAGUUGAGGUGUUGCCAGCAUCGCCGGAGAUUAGUGUGUCUGUUCCUGAAAUGAGAGUACCAUUGAUCCAGCCGCGACCAGAGAGAACCAGGGAUGAGGAGGAUGACGAAGAUGGCAUAGGGUUGAGUUCAUCUGGGGCUAUCAAGCUUGGAUUGGGGGACUUCAUAUUCUACAGCGUUCUCGUCGGGAGGGCAGCAAUGUAUGACUACAUGACAGUGUAUGCAUGUUAUCUUGCCAUAAUUGCUGGGCUCGGUAUCACCCUGCUGCUACUAGCAUUCUACCGUAAGGCAUUGCCGGCCCUCCCGGUCUCGAUCGCCCUUGGUGUUGUGUUUUAUGUGCUCACAAGAACAUUGCUCGAGACUUUUGUCAUGCAGUGCUCUACUAAUCUUGUGAUGUUUUAGCAUUUAUUGAAAAUCAGAUAUUCAAAUAUUGCUGUAACCCAAAAAUCCAGACGUUUUCAGCUUGGUUUCAGUCUUUGAUAUUACUGCAAUUUUUACCUGGUUGUCCACUGAAACGUAAGCUAUGAGUAUCAAACUGUUUACCUGUCAAUAUUAAAUACAAAUAUUGUUGCUUA